AUGGAAGCUGAAGCGCUUGUGAUUGCGGGAGCAAGACGAAGUGUGGGGGCUGGUUUGCAAAUUGAUGUGCUUCAUGAUCCUUGGCUUCCGAAUAUAGUUAAUCCUUAUGUUAUUUCUUCUCAUCUGGGGUUGGGUGAUAGAGCUAUGGAGUUUGAAAGUUCCCCAGAAGGUGCUGUAUUCCUUUGGGAGACCAACGUGUUGCCGUCUUGUGAUCAACUUGCGAUUAAACAUGUUGUCGUAAGUACUACCUGCCCUAUGUGUAAUAAUAGUGUUGAAACUACUUUCCAUGUAUUGGUGGGUUGCUCUUUUGCUCGGUCUCGCUGGUUUCGAUCAUCAGUGGAUAUAGGAAGCUGGGGUGAGACUGAUUUUAAGUCAUGGUGGAGAGAUUUAUCAGGCAAGAAAAAGUAUUACAUACCUCCUUCUUCAUUGACUAUUAGUGCACCGGUUUCCUCCUUCAUGGACUGGUGCACUUCGACUUUUAGUCAGGUUAUUGCAGAUAAAAAAUAUCUUAUUGCAGUCGUGUAUUGGGCCAUUUGGAGUGCAAGAAAUAAAGUUGUUUGGAAAGGUAAGACGGCCCAAGCAGAUAACAUUGUUGUGUUUGCUAAAAACUACCUUAGUCAAUGGAAUAAUGCUCAAAAAACUGUCCUUGGCUCAUCAUGUUCUGAGACAAAUGAUGACGUUGCUUUGUUCGAUGGAGGACGUUCUUUUCGUACGGGUGUGGUUGCACGAGAUGAGAAGGGUUGGCUCAUUGAGGGUCGAAUCACUUAUACUUCGAGUACGGUUGAACCAGUUUUGGCUGAAGCAAUAAGUGUCAAGGAAGUUUUAACUUGGAUCAAGUGCAACCAGUGGCAACAUGUAACUGUGGAGAGUAACUGUCUUGGGGUUGUGCAAAUUCCCAUGAUAUCUUUGUUUGGUCAAGUCAUUCAAAGCUGUAAAACUUUGCUUGCUGAAUUAUGUAACGUUAAAGUUAUUUUUAUUAACCGAUCUGCUAAUGUAGUGACUCAUAACUUUACUAGAGUCUCUAAUUUGUAUCUAGAUCGUACCUUCAAUUUGAAGUCUAUUCUUACUGAUUUGUUACCGUGUUUGGUGACUGAAUUUGUUGGUUGGUAA